CAAAUCAAGUUAGUAUUGAGUAACUUGAGGUGAAAGGAAAACAGCUCCGUUUCAGUUUAUUUUUUUGCUGUGCACUUUCCCAGCCGAUUUGCUGGACUGCAACAGUAUCGAGUGACACAAUUGAGACACUUAUAAUGGGCGAUGUUGACAAAUGGAUUGAGAUAGUAAAGAAGUGUCAGUAUUUGCCAGAGAAUGAAUUGGGUAAGCUGUGUAAGAUAAUAUGCGACAUACUCCUUGAGGAGGCCAACGUGCAGCCCGUAAGCACGCCCGUCACAGUAUGUGGGGAUAUACACGGUCAGUUCUACGACUUGCAGAAGCUAUUUAGCACCGGCGGCGAAGUGCCCGAUACGAAUUAUAUAUUCAUGGGCGAUUUUGUGGAUCGGGGCUACUAUAGCCUGGAGACAUUCACCCGGCUGCUUACGCUCAAGGCGCGCUAUCCCAGCCAGAUAACGCUGCUGCGUGGCAACCACGAAACGCGUCAGAUCACCAAGGUCUAUGGAUUCUUUGACGAGUGCUUCAGCAAGUACGGCAAUGCGAAUGGCUGGAAAUACUGCUGCAAUGUCUUCGAUCUGCUCACAAUUGCUGCGAUCAUCGACGAGCAGGUGCUCUGCGUGCAUGGCGGACUGAGUCCGGAGAUUGUGACACUGGAUCAAAUACGCACAAUCGAUCGCAAUGGCGAAAUACCCUAUAAGGGCGCUUUCUGCGAUCUGGUCUGGUCCGACCCGGAGGAUAUUGAGGCCUGGGAUCAGAGUCCGCGCGGUGCCGGCUGGCUAUUUGGCCACAAGGUCACAAAUGACUUUAUGUCUAUCAACAAUCUCAGUUUGAUAUGUCGCGCCCAUCAGCUGGUUGACGAUGGCCUCAAGUACAUGUUCGACGAGAAGCUGGUCACGGUUUGGUCCGCGCCCAACUAUUGCUAUCGUUGCGGCAAUGUGGCGGCCAUACUCAGCUUUAAAACAGCUCAGGAGCGUUUUGCACACAUAUUUCUAGCUGUGCCCGAUGCAGACCGCGUCAUACCCAAACGCAAUGCCACGCCCUAUUUUUUGUAAUUACCAGCCAACAAAACGAAUAGAAUCGCCCCCUGCCCUCAUAUAAACGCACUUAGUAGACAAAUAACCCACAUCUCAUGCACAAGACACGCUAUACAAACAGAUAUCAGGAAUAAAUGCUAUGUUUUGGUCCACGAUAGCAAAUGAAAGCACAAUGUUUAUUGAGCUUCAAGCACUUGAUGGACUUGCUUGAAUUGAUUCUUUGUCUCUGUUUUCCAAUCAGCCAAAAGAUAUAAAAGAAACAACAAACAAAUGAAAAGUAGACUAACUUUCAAUAGUUCAUAGACUGUGCAGAAUUGCCUUUGUCUGAAUUGUGCGGAAACUAAGGAACAAUAACUAAGUAUAUGAACAAAGGUUUAGAGCUUUUUCAAAAGAGUUCAAAAAGUUAAUUGGCAAAAUUCCUUUUAAGUAAGCAAUCGAAAAAUUCACGGUUGUCAACAGUAAAUACUUUAAACAAUAUAAAAUAAAAAUGAUUUGAUACAUUUAA